UUACCUUGAAAAAAACCAAAAUAAAAAAACCAAAAAAAAAAUAAAAUUUGCCUCACUUCUCAAACCUAACCCCCUCUCAUAUCCCACCACCUCUCUAAUUUUCUCUGUUUAUAGAUCUCCCACACAUUUUCCCACCUUCAUUUCAUUCUCUCAUCAAACUUAAUUCCGAAUUACCCACCAUUAAUCCUACCCUUAAUUCAUCCAAUUGAAUUGAAAAUGUUUCUAUUUGAUUGGUUUUAUGGAAUUCUCGCAUCUUUGGGGUUAUAUCAAAAGGAAGCUAAAAUUCUCUUUUUGGGUCUUGACAAUGCUGGAAAAACCACUCUUCUUCACAUGUUGAAAGACGAGAGAUUAGUUCAACAUCAACCGACUCAACAUCCUACUUCAGAGGAGCUAAGUAUUGGGAAAAUCAAGUUUAAAGCUUUUGAUCUGGGUGGUCAUCAGAUUGCUCGUAGAGUUUGGAAAGAUUAUUAUGCCAAGGUUGACGCCGUUGUUUACCUUGUGGAUGCCUUCGACAAGGAGAGAUUCGCUGAAUCAAAGAAAGAGCUCGACGCACUGCUCUCUGACGAAGCCUUGGCCAAUGUUCCAUUUCUUAUCCUAGGGAACAAGAUUGACAUACCGUAUGCAGCUUCCGAGGAGGAGUUACGCUUCCAUCUCGGGCUUGCUAAUUGCACUACUGGUAAGGGUAAGGUGAAUCUUGCGGGUACCAAUGUUCGUCCCCUUGAAGUAUUCAUGUGCAGCAUUGUCCGUAAGAUGGGAUAUGGUGAUGGAUUCAAGUGGGUUUCCCAAUAUAUCAAUUGAUAUUAGAACCAAGAUUCUUUUUUCUUUCGAUAUCUGUUGUUAUGCUAUUCUACGUGGGUUAUGACUACAAAUAGAAUUCGUAAGACUGAUUCUUUAAUUUUUAUUGUGAGGUCGACACACACUCUUGUCAGUUUAAUAUGCUACAUGGAACUCCUUUAGAACGA